CAUACUUCUCAUGGAGAAGGACGACAAGAUGUCCCUACCCGUCCUAGCCGUUCUGGAGCUCGAAACAGGAAUUCUAUCGCCUCGUGUGCGGAUGAGCAGCCCCAUAUUGGGAACUACAGGCUGCUUAAAACCAUCGGCAAAGGCAACUUUGCUAAAGUGAAACUGGCUCGGCAUAUCCUCACUGGCAGAGAGGUGGCAAUAAAAAUAAUUGAUAAAACACAGUUAAAUCCAACUAGUCUGCAAAAGCUAUUCAGGGAAGUACGAAUAAUGAAGAUUUUAAAUCAUCCUAAUAUAGUUAAAUUAUUUGAAGUUAUUGAAACUGAGAAAACGCUCUACUUGAUAAUGGAAUAUGCGAGUGGCGGGGAAGUGUUUGACUAUUUGGUUGCACAUGGAAGAAUGAAGGAAAAGGAAGCAAGAGCCAAAUUCCGGCAGAUUGUGUCUGCAGUGCAGUACUGUCAUCAAAAACAUAUUGUUCAUAGGGAUCUUAAGGCAGAAAACCUUUUACUGGAUGCAGAUAUGAACAUUAAAAUAGCAGACUUUGGAUUUAGUAAUGAGUUUACUGUUGGCAACAAACUGGACACUUUUUGUGGGAGUCCACCCUACGCAGCUCCGGAGCUCUUCCAGGGGAAGAAGUACGACGGGCCUGAGGUGGAUGUCUGGAGCUUAGGAGUUAUUCUUUAUACUUUGGUCAGCGGAUCUUUACCCUUUGAUGGACAGAAUUUAAAGGAAUUAAGGGAAAGAGUACUACGAGGGAAGUACCGAAUUCCCUUUUACAUGUCAACAGACUGUGAAAAUCUUCUCAAGCGGUUCCUGGUGCUAAACCCAACCAAAAGAGGCACUCUAGAGCAAAUAAUGAAGGACAGAUGGAUCAAUGCAGGACAUGAAGAGGAUGAGCUGAAACCAUUUGUUGAGCCUGAGCUUGAUAUUGCAGAUCAGAAACGAAUAGACAUAAUGAUAGGAAUGGGAUAUUCAAAAGAGGAAAUUCAAGAAUCCCUCAGCAAGAUGAAAUACGACGAGAUAACAGCUACCUACUUGUUACUUGGAAGAAAAUCCUCUGAGUUGGAUGCCAGUGACUCCAGCUCUAGUAGUAACUUGUCACUGGCUAAAGUAAGACCGAGCAGCGAUCUCAAUAAUAGCACUGGACAAUCCCCUCACCACAAGGUGCAGAGAAGCAUCUCUUCCAGCCAGAAACAGAGACGGUACAGUGACCACGCUGGCCCUGCCAUCCCUGCUGUUACAGUUUACCCAAAACGAAGCCAGACGAGCACCACAGAUAACGAUCUAAAAGAAGAGGCGGUACAGUCUCGAAAGUCAAGUAGCAGCGCAGUCAGCGGGAGGGGUGUGACCCCUCCUAGCCCGAUGCUUGGAAAUGCAAACAAUCCUAAUAAAGCAGAUAUCCCUGAAAGAAAGAAGAGUUCAGUUGUACCCAGUAGUAAUUCUACAUCCGGAGGAAUGACCCGUCGGAAUACUUACGUGUGCAGCGAGCGCGCUUCAACCGAUCGGCACUCAGUCAUUCAGAACGGCAAAGAGAACAGCCUGACAGGAAUUUUCACUUAUGCAACUAGUCCUGCCUCAGUAUUCGCCAUAUCCUCCAUCUUUGCUCGGCUGCGGCAUCCGAAAUCGAUGUCCAUGUCAGCCUCCAGGCAUUCGGAGAUGUUACCGCCAAUUGCCAGUGAAGCAGAUAACUUCGAGCCUGUCACAAUGCCUGAUCAGAGGACAUCUGUAGCAUCAACACACAGCAUAACAAGCACCACUACUCCAGACCGCAUGCGAUUCCCCAGAGGAACUGCCAGCCGAAGCACUUUCCAUGGUCAGCUCCGGGAGCGACGCACUGCUACCUACAAUGGACCACCCGCCUCGCCCAGUUUAUCCCACGAAGCCACACCUCUGUCACAGACUCGAAGUAGAGGCUCCACUAAUCUAUUUAGUAAAUUAACUUCAAAAUUAACAAGAAGGCUCCCAUCUGAAACUGAGAGAAACGGGAGGUAUGAGGGCUCAAGUCGUAACGUGUCAGGGGACCAGAAAGACGAGAACAAAGAAUCCAAGCCACGAUCUCUACGUUUUACGUGGAGCAUGAAAACCACCAGUUCCAUGGAUCCCAACGACAUGAUGCGUGAGAUCCGCAAGGUUCUAGAUGCCAACAACUGCGACUACGAGCAGAGAGAGCGCUUCUUGCUUUUCUGCGUCCAUGGGGACGGCCAUGCCGAAAAUCUCGUCCAGUGGGAGAUGGAAGUGUGCAAGUUGCCAAGACUGUCUCUGAAUGGUGUCCGCUUCAAGCGGAUAUCUGGAACCUCCAUAGCUUUCAAAAACAUUGCUUCCAAAAUUGCCAAUGAGUUAAAACUGUAA